GCUUUAUAUGAGUGAGCGAGAGGGCGGUGUAAGUGCAGAUUUCAGACCGGUUUCUAGCCGAUACCGAGGAGGACGCCGGGGUACUGAACCCCUCAUAUCUGUUCGAUAAAAGAAGAACAGCGGAUUGUCACGUUCAGCCGACAGGGACGACGAAUUCUACCGCUGACCAGACACAAGACGAACAGCUCCAAACGUCGACAGCGGGGACAUUUUGUACAACUUCGAGCUGUCAUUUGCGGUAAGGCAGGUCGGGUGGAGAAGACUUCCAGCCGAGGGGGACCCCAAGCGGCCCGGUUCCACAUCAGCGACCGGGGAGCCGCGAACCCAAGGAGCGGGGUGUCGAGCUGCAGAGCUAUCGGCACGUUUUUAAACCGGUGCAGGGAGAAGUAAUCACUGUGUGCCGGGUCACCCGGACAGAGACCUCAUGAAUGGAAAUCGGAACAACAGGAGCCGUUGGAGCCCAAGCCCUUUUUACGUUGCCACGGCGACCUGGCUAUGGCACCAUUGGGAAGCCCAUCAAGCUUCUGGCCAACUGCUUCCAGGUGGAAAUACCCAAGAUUGACGUCUACCUGUAUGAGGUGGACAUCAAGCCUGAUAAAUGUCCUCGCCGGGUCAACAGGGAGGUGGUGGACUCCAUGGUACAACAUUUCAAGGUGACCAUCUUUGGUGAUUGUCUGCCAGUUUACGAUGGGAAGAGAAGCCUCUACACAGCUAACCCACUUCCUGUCGCCACUGGUGGGGUCGAUCUGGAUGUCACCCUGCCAGGUGACGGCGGGAAGGACCGGCCAUUUAAAGUCACAAUCAAGUUUGUGUCAUUGGUCAGCUGGCACAUGCUGCACGAAGUGUUGACGGGACGCGCUGUUGCAGAGCCGGUUGACCUGGAGAAACCCAUCAGUACCAACCCUGUUCAUGCUGUGGACGUCGUCCUUCGACACCUGCCCUCCAUGAAGUACACACCUGUCGGACGAUCCUUCUUCUCCUCCCCAGAGGGCUACGAUCACCCGCUAGGUGGAGGUAGAGAAGUUUGGUUUGGCUUCCAUCAGUCGGUUCGGCCAGCCAUGUGGAAGAUGAUGCUCAACAUUGAUGUGUCAGCCACAGCUUUCUACAAAGCCCAGCCAGUGAUCCAGUUCAUGUGUGAGGUCCUCGACAUUCACAACAUUGACGAGCAGCCACGCCCUCUCGCUGACUCCCACAGGGUCAAGUUCACCAAAGAGAUCAAAGGUCUUAAAGUGGAAGUGACACACUGUGGAACCAUGCGUAGGAAGUACAGAGUCUGCAAUGUAACAAGACGCCCUGCCAGCCUCCAGACAUUUCCACUGCAGCUUGAGAAUGGUCAGACUGUUGAGCGUACAGUGGCGCAGUACUUCAGAGAGAAGUACAAUCUGCAGCUGAAGUACCCCCACCUGCCUUGUCUGCAGGUGGGCCAGGAGCAGAAACACACCUACCUGCCUCUGGAGGUGUGCAACAUUGUAGCCGGGCAGCGCUGCAUUAAAAAACUAACAGACAACCAGACGUCGACCAUGAUCAAAGCCACCGCUCGCUCAGCACCAGACAGACAGGAGGAGAUCAGCAGACUGGUGAGGAGUGCAAAUUACGAGGCCGACCCGUUCGUCCAGGAGUUUCAGUUCCGCGUGCGCGAUGAGAUGGCGCAGGUGACGGGCCGCGUCCUGCCGGCCCCCAUGCUGCAAUAUGGCGGCAGGGUGAGCUCUGAACAAUUUAUGCCCCAGCAGAUCAACCCUGCACUGUCGUUGCAGAACCGCACGGUGGCCACACCCAGCCACGGGGUGUGGGACAUGAGGGGGAAGCAGUUUCACACCGGAGUGGAGAUCAAGAUGUGGGCCAUCGCCUGCUUCGCCACCCAGAGGCAGUGCAGAGAAGAGAUCCUGAAGAGCUUCACUGACCAGCUGCGUAAAAUCUCAAAGGAUGCUGGGAUGCCAAUUCAAGGCCAGCCGUGCUUCUGUAAAUAUGCCCAAGGAGCGGACAGCGUGGAGCCCAUGUUCAGACACCUGAAGAACACCUACGGAGGGCUGCAGCUCAUCAUCGUGAUCCUGCCUGGAAAAACACCCGUCUACGCGGAGGUGAAGCGGGUGGGUGACACCCUCCUCGGCAUGGCCACUCAGUGUGUGCAGGUGAAGAAUGUGGUGAAGACGUCCCCGCAGACCCUCUCAAACCUCUGCCUCAAGAUCAACGUCAAACUGGGAGGAAUCAACAACAUCCUGGUUCCUCACCAACGACCUUCUGUGUUCCAGCAGCCUGUCAUCUUCCUCGGGGCUGAUGUCACUCAUCCUCCAGCCGGAGAUGGGAAAAAGCCAUCUAUCGCAGCGGUUGUGGGCAGCAUGGACGCCCAUCCCAGCAGGUACUGUGCUACAGUGCGGGUCCAGAGGCCCAGACAGGAGGUCAUCCAGGACUUGGCCUCUAUGGUGCGAGAGCUCUUGAUCCAGUUCUACAAGUCGACCCGCUACAAGCCGACCAGGAUCAUCUUCUACAGGGACGGAGUGUCAGAGGGACAGUUCAGACAGGUUCUGUACUACGAGCUGCUGGCCAUCAGGGAGGCUUGCAUCAGCCUCGAGAAGGAUUACCAGCCGGGGAUUACUUACAUCGUCGUACAGAAACGCCAUCACACACGUCUCUUCUGUGCAGAUCGCAACGAGCGGGUUGGACGAAGUGGAAACAUUCCUGCCGGCACCACCGUGGACACAGACAUCACUCACCCCUACGAGUUUGACUUUUACCUCUGCAGUCAUGCUGGAAUCCAGGGUACGAGCCGGCCUUCCCACUACCACGUUCUGUGGGACGACAACUGUUUCACCGGUGACGAGUUCCAGCUCCUCACCUACCAGCUGUGCCACACCUACGUCCGCUGCACGCGCUCCGUCUCCAUCCCAGCGCCGGCUUACUACGCCCACCUGGUGGCCUUCCGCGCUCGCUACCACCUGGUCGACAAAGAGCACGACAGUGCGGAGGGCAGCCACGUCUCAGGGCAGAGUAACGGCAGGGACCCGCAAGCGCUGGCCAAGGCCGUUCAGAUCCACCACGACACACUGAGGACCAUGUACUUCGCCUGAACGCGCCCUCCGCUUCCCUCCAUCUUUCCCAGCCAGUCUCAGAGUCCAACUUCCAUCAGCCGCCUCUUGUCAUCGCGCAGAGCGCCCCCCGCUGGGCUGGUGCAGCUUUGGUCAGCGGGCCUCGACGGUUGCGACUGCAGGCUGCGUGAGGAUGUAAUAAGCCAGAGAGGAGUCACAGCCACAUUAUGCAAGUUGAAACCAGCCAAUCGUUUCUGUGCUCCCGCUCGUGCAUCUCUUAUCUCCUCUGCUGUAUUUAAAAUCCUUAUGGACUGUGUCUACUUUCAAGCUCGCAAGUCACGUCCUCGCCUUCCAGCAGCUCAAAGUUUUAAUUUGCUGUUUGUUUGUUUUUUUUUUUCCUUUUGUGUGUGCGUAAAGAUGGCGGAGCAGCAGGGAAAACAAAAACUGACGAUUCUUUUGGUGCAUGAAGCAGAGCCAGAGAUGACCUGACUUGCUCCGUAGCCUCACGUUGAGCCUAAAUGUUGCUGGUUGAUAUUGUAGACGGUUUUUAUGCGUUUUUUGUUUUUGUGGGUUUUCAGCUUGUCUAGAUCCAAUAUGUGUUAUAUUUCUCUGUCGAGCUAAUGUGUGAUUGCCAUGGCAACACGUUAAGCUGAGUACGCCCGUAGUUGGCAGGCUGCCUUUCAGCGGUUACUCUUCUGUCGCCCUUUAAGCCAGUGGUUCCUCACAGUCAUUCAGCCAGACAGUAGGAAGCAUGACUCUGCACUCUACCAACACAGACACUGAAUGAAUCUUAAUUCUUUUUUUUUUUUUUUUUUUUUUUUUUUACGAAGCCACGUACAGCCAUCGAUGAGGUAUUGUGUAUCGCUUGUUGCCUUACUGCGAGGCGAGGUGCAUAAAGAGGACUGCUAGAAAACAAUGCCAUGGCCACAAAAUGGACAAUUUUAAACUUCUUUCACUUCUAGUUCAGCUUGGUACAAAGUGUAAUACCAAACGUUUCUCGUGUGUUUUAUUCCUCUUGCUAUUUAUGAGUUUGUUUUCAUUUUAACUUAAAUUAACGUUCGUUUUCAGCAAUAGAGCAGAGUAGACGGUUUAUAUCUUCUGACGACCACAAACCUUUUUGACGUUUUUUGAGGAACUGACCAAUGUAGUUGUCAAGAACUCCUUCAGUGCAAUAAGGUGUUAACGCAGAGUGAGCAGGUUUGAGCCGCGAAUGUUUUUUCGACGAGUAUUGGUGCGCUAAAAACAUAGUUUACGAGUGAGUUUUUGGCAGGUGACAAUGAGCUUGGAGUCAGGAAUGUAAAGUGUUUGACAUUCUUGGGAACAAGUAGGACUGAAGCCACAGGGGUGUGGAUCAGUCGUGAGGUGGGAUGGUUAAUGUUUGGAGAGAUUAAACAAAGUGCCUGAUUCGGGUAGAUGUGAACUGUUGGAAGGUUUUUAAUCGUAUGUUGGUUCGGGUGCCUCUGAUAAUGCAUUCAGUGAAAUGGGCUCAGAAUCCCUCAACACAUGCCAAGUUUCUGUGAUUAUCCCUGAUGUUUAGGUUUCUCCUAAGCAGGACAUAAUUACAUCCAUAUCGAUUUAACACACUUAGUUUCUGUGAUCAGAGUUUGAUCAUCACAUACAACAACGCUUACAUUGGUUAGGAAAUUCGACAAACUGUUUUCUCCAGUUAUAUCGGUCUUAUCGCUCAGUGAUCCUCAGUGAGUUCUUGUGUUUCCUAGAGAAGUUCAUGCUAAUUUCAUAGUCUAAACACUCAGUGGCCAUUUUUAUUCGUUACACUUGUCAAAUUCAAACGACCAUUCUGCCAUAAAGUCGACUUUAUGAUGCCUGUAACGCUCAGGUGUUGACAUAAAUGUUUUAGUUAACUUCUGUAACAGAAUAUUAGAAACGCAUCGAUAUUAUGUGAUCCAGUACGAUAACACAUUUAACACUAUAACGAAGCAUGAUUAAAUUUAACCAAUUCUGACAACGUCAAGAAAAAACUGAGUGUUAUAAACUUCAUAACGUGCGUUGCUGUCGUGGCGUUAGAUUGUACAGGUGUAACGAGUAAAGUGGCCACUGAGCUUCUGCACUUUCUUCUCCGGGUAAUUUUUUUUCCAAAUAAUCAUCUAAUAUGUCAUGAGCUCUAAGAAACAUACAACAAAUCUUGUUAAGAUCACAGGAAGAAAACAAAAAUAUUAAAAAUCACACUUGUUGCGCUGCUGUUGUUCACUAAGAUGCAGUUUGAAAAUGUAAAGUUUUUAGACAGACGAAGACGAACGUUAAGUCAUCGCUGCUCGCUGAGUCUGUUCACCUGUAGAGCUGCAACAAUUGAUCGAUUAGUUGUGAAAUCGCAUAUUAACUAUUUUAAUAAAAUUUGAAUAUUUUUUUUAGACUAAGAGGUACACUUCUAUGACAAUAAGUGAUUAUAGUUGUAACACCGACUGACAUUUUUUGCCAUUCCCUGAGAUUUUGUAGACAAAACAGUCGAUUUAAUCAAGACAAUAAUCAACAGAUUCAUCAACAAUGAAAAUAAUGAAUAGCUGCAGUUCUGCUCACCUGGCUUUUUUUUUUUUCAGCUCUUCAUAUUGUACAGUUUUGAGUAGCUGCAACUAACAAUUACUUUCAUCAUCAGUUCAUCUGGAAAUGAUUAUUUGUCUGAAUCAUUUCGCCCAUAAACUGUCUUUGUAAAGGUCCAUUAUGUAGGAUUUAGGAGAAUCUAUUAGCAAAAUGAAAUGUUAUUCAUAAUCAUGUUUUUCAUUAGUGUAUAUUAACCUGAAAUUAAUUAUAGUUAUUGUGUUUUGGUUGCCUUUUAAAAUGAACUGUUUAUAUCUACAGAGUGAGCAGGUCCUCUUCUACAGAGUCCGCCAUGUUUCUACUGUAGCCCAGAGAGGACAAACCAAGGUCCAGUUUCAACCUUUUUAAAAAUGUCUGCUCUAACUUCCAGCAGUCAAAGAAGAAGUAUCAGAUUUAUCUAUUUAUCGCCGAAAAAUGACCAAAAAUAUCUUUCUGUUAUCAUAAACGGUUUUCUGUCAACUCUAAAUCAAAGACAGCACUUCUAAAAUUAAAAAAAAGAAAAAACCUUUCUACUUCGGAGAAAACAGUCUGUCUUUAUGCAAAGUGGAACAGACGCUUGUAUUAUAACAAAUUAAUAAUCAAAAGGACGUCUACUUUAAUGCCUUUUUUUUAAAUAUCUGAUUUUGGAUUCCUGGUCCUUCAUGGUCUUGCAGUAUAGUUUAACACAGACGAAGCCUUUGGGUUUCGUCACUCGGACCAAACCAACGUGCCUGGUCGGGUCGGGGUGAGGGUGGAGGACUCUGGGGGGGUGUUAACUCUCUACUCUCUCAGCCUUACAGCGUCGUGCUGAUGGGCUCUGUACUGCUAACUGUGCUUAGUCACCAAACUGAAGCUGCUAUAACAAAACACAUUAUUUAAUAAUUCAUCAGAUACAUAUAGGCUAUAUAUUGAUACAGAGAGAUGAAGAGGAUAUGGUAUUUUACUGCACUUAAAAAGACGCACGUGUUUUAAGGUUGUGAUGCUGAAGAUGUUUGUUGUUUCCAGGCGAAGUUUGAUCAGAUAUUCUUUCGUUUGGAGCGUUUUUUAAUUGGAAGAAUGUCAGAACCGGUUGUCCCCUUCUGUGUUUGUUGUCACGUUGAAGCUGUUUCUUAACGUCGGACAUUACCAGCAUUUGAUUUUACUUGAAGAAAAUUUAGUCGUGGGCAUGUUUAACAUUGUUGGCUAGUGCUCUGCUUGUUUUUUGACAGUCUGUAUUUAGAGCCUUAUUACAGGAAUCCCUUGUCCCGCUCGUAACGCCACGUACAGUAAAUCGACCUCUGGACAUCAGAUGCCUUUUUUCUCAAAAAAAAAAAUUUAAAAAAUAAAAGCAUUUUUAAGUCAGAAUUGAGAUAUAUUUAUAUGUAAAGAUAUUAAUGUAAUGCACACACCUUAUUUUUUCUAACAAAGUCCUAUUUGGAGCAGAAGCGUUGAUAGCUGUAGUGAAAUAUGGCGUUUAAUAAUAUUAAUAAUAAUAAUAAUAAUAAUCAUAGUGGUCUGUGAUUAAUUUUUUUUUCCAAAUUUGUUAAUGCAAUAGGUUUACUUGUGUGAAAAACUGCUUGGUGGAGAUUGUCGGGGUUGUUUUUGUCAUGUAAAAGUGAUCCGAUGAGCCGUCAGCCCUCCUCUGCAGCGACCUGUGAAGACCUCCCCUCUCUACUGUUAUUUUAAAUCAUCUCAAAAGCUCGUCAAAAGAUGUGAUGAGGUUAACAUAUUUCUCAUAGCAUGUGCUGCAAACUGCAACAAAGAAAUUUUUUUUUUUUUUUUUUUUUUUUUUUGCAUAUUUGACGACGAGCGGAGGAGGGUUGAGAGUUCGUCCUCCGUUAACAGACUGUGCCUUUCCUGAUGGUGCUGAAAAAAAAAAUAAAUCAAAGAGAUCUUAACUUUCAGAAAGGGCAGCGAGGCCCAAGUUGAUAAGUAUAUAUUGAUACAUGACAAUACUGUAAGGUGUGAGUGUGUGUGUGUGUACAUGGGUUGUGUGUGAGCGUGUGUGUGUGUGUGUGUGUGUGUGUGGAUACCUCUGACAUAUGCCAAGAACACAAAAUAUGCAGAACUGAUCCGUGUGGAGCUGACCGGACCAAAAGGCCUGUGGGGAUCAGUUUAGUGGGCGGGCACUCGCAAGCACAACCCAAAAAAACCUAACAUUUCUUAAGAUUAGAGACAAGAAGGGGAACACUCAUGACUCUGUAGGUAACGAGUAGCUCGGUGUAGACUUUAUGUAGCAUUAUUUAUUUAUCCUUAUCUGUAUAGGAACAUGACGCCUCCCGUACUGCCUGUGAACACGUUAUGUUCCUCUUUUUAAUUUAUGUGUUCAUUCUCGGAUGAACGGCAAUAAUGAAGUUUCUGUGCAAUCACUUCUUCUGGCCUCGCAUUGUCAUUAUCACCACCUGUUUUUUUUCUUUUAUGAAUUUCUUUUAUCUUCUAAUGUGAAAUUUAGACGUUUACAGAAUUUGGGAUAGUUGUUUGGUUGAGUCGUUCCUCCACGAGUGCCCGUUUCUCAUGUUAAGGGAUUCCCCACGAUAAUAAAUCUCUGAACCUCUGUGGUUGGCUGCAUAUCGUACUCAAAAAGAAAAAUAAUGUUUGGGUUUCACAGUAUAUUAAUGUGCUUUUUUUUUUGUUUUUUUUGUUUUUCUGCCUGAUUAUGAAAUGGUGUCACUUUUUAGAAUUAAAACCGUAUGUCAAGACCUUUUUUUUUUUUUUUUUUUUU